UGGACAAGUUGACUCACGCCGCUCGACUAUGUCGCUAUCCACUUCAUCGGUGAUUUGCCAUCGCCUCGACCUUCCAGGGCCCCCGGCCUUGGUUGAUAUGAGAUUAGCCGUUCGGAUGGCAACUUGAUAAGCCUGCCUUUCCCCCAUCUGCCUCAUUUCAUUAGCAAACCGAAACCCUCGUGGCCACAGCAUGCGUGUCGAUCAGUCCUUCCAGCAUCCCUCGCUCUCCAUUCUCAUUCGCAUUGCUUCCGCAUCGCCGGCAGACGUAACCAUGCUUCAAUCUCCUAUCCUUAUCAUCGGAGCUGGCACUUGGGGCGCGUCGACGGCCCUCCAUCUGGCCCGACGUGGCUACACCAAUGUCACUGUCCUGGAUGCCUACCAGCAGCCCUCCGCCAUAUCAGCCGGAAAUGACGUGAACAAGAUAGUCUCUUUCACGGAUCCUCCCGCUGAGGACGACCCCAAUUUCGUCAACAAGACUUUUUUUGCUGCUCUUACCAAGGGCUUUCAGCAUGACCCGGUGUUCAAGCCAUAUUUCCACAAUGUCGGGAAUAUCACUUCUGCCUUUUCCCCGGGCGGUCUUAAGCACAUCGGACGGCGCGACCGCGGCUCCGGCAUAGUGGAGUUAAACGACCCGGAGGACUUCCGGAAGGCAUUUCCCUCGGGUAUCCUAACGGGUCCCCUGCAAGGAUGGAAGGGUUAUUGGAAGAAGACGGGUGCUGGAUGGGUGCAUGCCCGGAAUGCCCUCGUCUCUGCCAUCACAGAGGCCCAGAGGCUCGGGGUGACCUUCAUCGGAGGAGACCCCGAAGGUAAAGUUGUGCGCUUACUUUUCUCAUCCAACAAUGGUUCUCAGGAUAUUAUCGGAGCCGAGACAGCAGAUGGAAAACAACAUCUCGCUUCCAAAGUCAUUCUUGCUGCUGGUGCCAAUGCGGAUCAGUUCCUUGAUUUCAAGAAACAGCUUCGGCCCACCGCCUGGACUCUGGCUCACAUCCGUAUGUCACCCGAGGAAGCCAAAGCAUACCGCAACCUGCCUGUCCUUUUCAAUGCGGACCAAGGGUUCUUCAUGGAACCGGACGAGGAUAAGCAUGAACUCAAGAUCUGCGACGAGCAUCCAGGAUACUGUAACUGGAUCGUCAGUCCGGAUGGUGAGCGACGAAGUGUUCCCUUCGCUCGUCAUCAAAUUCCCCUUGAGUCGGCCGAGCGAAUUCGUGGCCUCCUGAGAGCAACAAUGCCUCAGUUGGCGGAUAGGCCUUUCUCAUUUGCCCGGAUUUGCUGGUGCGCGGAUACCGUGGACCGGAACUUUCUCAUCGAUUAUCACCCUGACUAUCCAUCUCUACUGCUUGCGGUUGGUGCAUCUGGUCGUGGAUUCGCUCACAUCCCCUCAAUUGGCGGGUUCAUUGUCGACCGGCUAGAAGGAAAAAUGGGCCAGAGGAUUGCGGAUGCAGUCCGUUGGAGACCCGAGCAGGCAGUGGAUCGGGACUGGGAUGAUACGCAGAACAGGUUUGGGGGAGACUAUAAGGUGAUGGACUUUCAGAAGGUGGAGGGGUGGACGAAUAUACAAGAGUCAUAGGUGCACUGGGCUGCUAGUUCCUGGAGUAUGAUGUAUGAUACCGAUGCUGAGUGAGACACACUUCAAAUAGACUUCUACUUUGCAC